AUGCAGGCGCAAACUCCCGAGCAACGCCGGCGCAACGCCCAAUUCGCCAAGAAGAACGAGGCGAAGAUGGGCAAGUCGGAGGAGCAGCUUAGGAAGCGGGUGGAAAAAGUGCAGAAGUCUCCCAUCUCCAUGUUCUGGGCUGCCGUUCUCGGAUUCAUUGUGUUCGGCGGUCUCGUCUUCGAAGCUCUUUCUCGAUUUUUUGGAUAA